AACAACUUCAGAUUUUUCUUUAGCAUUUCAAGUGCGGUUAUAAACUAGAAAAAAAUGGCUGAAUCAAAGUUGAGCAGCGUGAAGGAUAAAAGAUGGUCAUUGGAGGGUAUGACUGCAUUAGUGACGGGAGGAACCCGUGGCAUUGGGUACGCAAUUGUGGAAGAGUUGGCAGAAUUUGGAGCAGCAGUGCAUAUAUGUUCACGUAAUGAAGAUGAUAUUAACAAAUGUUUGGAAGAGUGGAAAAGCAAAGGAUUUAACGUAACUGGAUCAGUAUGUGAUAUAUUAAGUCAUGAACAACGCAAGACUUUAAUGGAAAAUGUUUCUUCCAUCUUUCAUGGAAAGCUCAAUAUUCUAGUCAACAAUGCUGCAAAACCUUCAAUGAAGAAAAUAUUAGAUAAUACUGAAGAGGAUUUAACAAGUAUAGUUGGUACCAAUUUUGUGGCUGGUUACAAUUUGUGUCAACUUGCACAUCCACUUCUAAAGGAGUCUGGAUAUGGAAGCAUAGUUUUUACUUCAUCCAUCGCUGGUUUAAGAGCUAUUCCUGUUUUAUCGGUUUAUGCAUCCACAAAAGGAGCGGUGAAUAUAUUCACCAAGAACUUAGCAUUAGAAUGGGCAAAGGAUAAUAUUCGUGCAAAUGCUGUUGCACCUGGACCUGUCAAGACUGAACUUUUGGAUUGCUAUUUACAGGAUGCGUCUGAAGGGGGUGGAGCUAUAAAUGGUAUAGUGUCUCAAACUCCUAUGGAUCGUAUGGGAGAGAUUAGAGAGAUAUCCUCGUUAGUUGCUUUUCUUUGUCUUCCAGCUGCAUCUUAUAUUACUGGACAAGUUAUAGCUAUUGACGGAGGUUUCACUGCUUAG